CCUCUAUGCAUAAAAGCCAAGGUAAAACACAAUAUUAGCCUCCAUGUUGCGCCGUUACACCUGAGCCGAAGCUCUCGAUUUCACGCCAAGCGCAAGGGCAUAAAAUUCCUAUUUGUUUUGAUAAACCAUUCGUCAAUUGUCUCUCAGCGUCGGCUUCACAUUCAUUAAUGGCUUCCCUGCACCUGAUUUUUAUUCUUUUGGUGUUCGCAUGUUCGUGUUCGGGCUGUUAUGCAGAAAUUAGCCGGAAGGAAUUGAGAAGUAAGAAUGAGGUGGACCAGGAAACUGUCUUACAACUGGGUCAUUCAGUUCAACUGAAGAGAAUCGAUCCAUCACGUGUUGUCCAACUUUCAUGGCGACCAAGGGUUUUCUUGUACGAAGGCUUUCUGUCAGAUGAGGAGUGUGACCAGCUUAUUGUGUUGGCACAUGGCAAGAAAGAUAAACAUUUGACUAACAGUGGUGAGUUGGGGAAUGUUGUUAUGAAAAAGCUGCUUGAAAGCUCAGAAGUUUCUCUGAAUGAGGAAGCUGAUAUAGGUGCAAGGAUUGAGGAAAGGAUUUCAGCUUGGACUUUUCUUCCCAAGGAGAACAGCAAGCCUCUAAAAGUUGAGCAUUAUCAAUUUGAAGAUGCUAGAGAGACAUAUGAUUAUUUUGGUAAUACAUCUUUGUCAAAUGUAAGUGAGCCGUUGAUGGCAACAGUUGUGUUGUAUCUCUCAAAUGUAACCCAGGGUGGUGAAAUUCUCUUCCCCAAGUCACAGUUUUCGAAUUCCCAAUGGAAGAGCAAGAUUUGGUCUGAUUGUACAAAAAGUAGCCAUGCCUUAACACCCAUCAAAGGGAAUGCCAUUUUAUUUUUCACUCUCAACCUCAAUACUUCUCCUGAUGAGAGUAGCUCCCAUGCUAGAUGCCCUGUCCUUGCAGGGGAAAUGUGGUGCGCCACCAAAUUCUUCCAUGCCAGACCCCUUAACAGGAAAAUUGUCUCUUUUGAGUUGGGUGGCAGUGGAUGCACUGAUGAAGAUGAAAAUUGCCCCAGGUGGGCUGCCUUUGGGGAGUGUCAAAAGAAUCCUGUGUACAUGAUUGGUUCUCCUGAUUACUACGGGACAUGUAGAAAGAGUUGCAAUGCAUGUUGAUGGGGUAACCUGACACGUAUUUUUUUGAAAUAUAUUUUUUGGAACAAAUUUAACCUGUUAUCACCAAUGGAUAGAUUCGGCUUUUGAGCUUCUCUAAUGGUUCAAAAGGAUUUUUUCACUGA